GUUUAAUAAGCGCACGAUCGAGCGCCAGCUUGAUCCAGUGAACUUUCGGGGUGUGAAGGGUGAUGAGCAUAAUGUGCACGAUAGUGUCCGUCGUUUUGGCCAGCACGCUUCUGCUGGCAUCGAUCGCUUUCAUAAGCGCAAGCAGUACGGCGGACGGUGGGCAGCACCAACCCGGGGACCAGCAGCUGGCAAACCAUGACCCGAACGAACAGGGCGACAUUUGGGAGCUCAUAUCGGCCGCAUCCUUUCCACCGCAGAGCUCGGCCGACCGGAUGCGACGCUACGAUCGCUACCGGGGCAGGGCGCACUCGCACCGGGAAGAGGACGAUCCGCUGCAGGCCGAAAACAGCCACGUGGUGGUGCAGGUUUACUCGGUCGAUUCGGACGAGCAGCAGCUGGCGAACGAAUCGUCACCAGCGUCGAUCGGCACACCGAUCCGCUCACUGAAGGUGGAGAACUACGCGACGUCCAAGGAGCAGAUGGACGGCAAACCGACCGAUCGGGUCGAGCGGAAGGUCUUUCCACCGGUGCGUAACGUGCAGGAAAAGCUGGACAAAGUGAUCUCCUCCGUCGAGCAGCCGGAACAGCCGGAGGAACUACUCUCCGAACGGUUCUUUAUCGACGAUGCCGCUACGAAGCAACAGCAGGCACCGAACGGUGGAUGGUAUGGCGGUGGCGGCAAUCCGUUUGAUGGUCAAACGGAUGUAGAGAGCUUCGAAAGGGAAAUGGAACAGAUGCCGCUGAAGCAGGGCAAAUCGGCGUACGCCAACUCGGCACCCUUUUUCGACUACGGCGAGCACACGAGCCAGCGGAUGUUGGACGAGUUCUUUGCGCUGCGCAACCAGGACACGCUGGCGGCCCGCCGCUCCAACUAUGACUGGGGCGAGGGACAGCUGCGGUCGCGCACGCUCGAGGACAUCGAAGCCCAGGGCCGUCGGGUGGCGGCUGGGAGAAGGAAACCGUCCGGAGACUACCAGCGCGAGGAGGACAUGAGCUACGAUCGCUACGCAGACUAUGCUGCCUCCCAACAGCGUGCCGGUACGCAGAAGCUGGGCCGCAAGCAACGGGCGACACCGUCAACGCACGGCCAAACGCACGUCCUCAACAAGGUGCCGAUCGUGGCGUACGAUGGUGAUGGAUCGCUCGCACCGAUGUCAGGCCAGCGCUCGCAGCAGUUCGAACGGUCCCGGUUCCACUACUCGCUCCCGUCGAUGGUGUACAACCCGUACGCCGCCUGGGAUCCGUACCAUCUGAACAUGUUGCGGUGGCCGCAGUGUGGCGCCUGCCAGCAGAACGCGCGCGCCCUCUGCACCAAGUGUGGGCUGUGUGCGGAUUGCUGUGCGCACAGCAAAUGCACCUGCGGCUGUCUGAAUGGCUAGUUCAGGGGUUUGUUCCGGUUUAGUUUUACAACAAACAGCAUCGACACAUCGAGGCACGGAACACACUUUGAGACACGGGGAAAGCACAGCGUUUCGAUACGUUACCACUUUCGCCGGUACUUGAAGUUGUCCUCCAGCCAUUUCCAAAACAUUGGAGCACAAUUUGGAACAACGUGUUUUUUCUGCUUAACUUAUUACACUUAAUUUAAACACAAUCAUUUGGAAACGGAGCGUUGUUGUUGAUUGCACCGCGACGACGGGCCACACACACUAUUUUGACAGACGAUAUGUUUUGGGGCAGGACGCGCACCAGCGACGGCUGCUUGGAUCAAGAAAAGUGCGGGGAGUUCCCUUUUUUCCCUUUUGCAACACAACACAACACCCCAAAAAGGAACACCUCAGCAAGCCGUUCUGUCGCGGACGUGCUGUGGGUGGUAGUGCGCGGCGUUGAUGCUGUAACUUAAUCCGCGGUGCAUUGUGCGUCGAUGCGCAAGACACAACACACAGCGCGCGCAAAACGCAAAGCACCACGCAGUACACGCAGCAGUUUUGUAACGUAGCGGGGGCGAUAUAACGUUACAUACGAUAACUGCUGAUGUUUAGGUUAGGCUUUCUUUUUUUUUUAAUUCAUUUCACAAGUGUUUUAUUCCAUCGAAUGGUAUGUAAUGCGAUAUUCUUUUCCGUCCUGUCUCCGCCGGUCUGCCUUGUUGCUAGGAAAGGCCGCAAAAUUGGGUCAGCGUGGCUGGACCACCAGUUGCAAUCAAAAUAAAUUAUACCGUACAUGCUAGGCAACAUCA